CACAGGUAUGGACACAGUAGACAAUAUUGUUGCUCAAAUAGAUAACACAAACAUUAACAAUGACUAUGAGCACAAGCAACAGAACCGGAAACCACGCUCCUCUAGUAUUACUUCAACAGCCAAUCAACCGGAAGUCCGUGCUUGGCUUCAAAGAAAUGGCUUCACAUCUAAAACCUGCAAUAUUCUCUGGAAAUAUGAUGGCCGCGAGUUGUUCGCUUUAACAAUGAAUGAGCUUGAACAAAUGCUUGGUCAUGAGGAAGGUUACAAACUUCAGUGUCACCUGGAUGCUCGCAAACAUAAGAAGAAACUGGGGUAUGCUAAUGAACUGGAAGCUGUUCUACGAUUCCGCAGGGGACCACCCGAAAAGUAGAUAGGGAAUGAAAACCUGUUAAUUUCAUCAUUCUUUUGUGAAACUAAGCGAUGAAACUGCUUUUUAAUUAUAACUAUGAAGUUGUUUGUAAUAAUGAUAAGUAUUAUUAUGGUAAAUAUCAUUAUGAUGGGUGAAGAAAUAUAUAAUGUUGAGAAACAGUCCUGAAAUAUCUGAACAUUGUUAGGAGUUAAACAUAUCCUUUUUGUUUGUAGUAUAUAUAUUUUAAUCUUUAACUGGUUUUUGUCAUUGGAUUGCCGUCAUACUAGGCAAUUAUGGUCUUUAAGCGGGUAUUUUAAUCGAUUUUAUCGAUCAUAGUACUUAUUUUAAAUCUGGUGUUGGUCUUAUAGAUAUCUAUCAAAUCACUAGGUUACAGGGUUUUUUAAAGGGUAAAAUUCGACAUAGUGGUAAACAUAAAUGCUACGAACACAAACACACGCACAGACAAACAAUAAGAAAUAUCGAACAACCACACACAUGUGUUUGUGUGUAUGUGCGCACGCGCAUACUACGUGCAGAGCAGAGCAAAAUACGUGAUUCAUUUGUCUUUCUUUCCUGGUCAUCAGUCAACCUCAAAUUCUCCACCGUCUUCCUCCCUUUCUCAUUCUUGAUGUUGGUCAACCAUCCACUUUGUAAUACUUCGUUUCCCUUUCACUAGAGAUAGGCAAGGCGGUGGUUUUUCAGUAUACGACCGUAUUCUUCCGGUUAUCAUAUCACGUUACAUAACCAAACUACUUCCGCCUUUAACAAUUAACCAAACCAUUUCCGCUUUUAACAAUUAACUGAAGAGUCUUUUUUUAGUUCGCCACAAUUUCUCCACAAUUUCUUUCCUAACACUCUUUAGUUCGAUCUUCCCCCUCUCCUUAUGUAAUACGACCCCUCAUACUAUUACACUUCAAAGGUCAUAAUCUUUUAUCUCUUUCUCACUUUCAACAUUCAACAUCCAUGAUUUGCACCCAUAAAGUGCAAUUGAAAUUAUUAUUGCUCAUAAAAGCUUAGUUCUCCUUGUUAUUGUAAUCUUUUGAUUUUACCAGACUGGUCUAGUUUUACUAAAGCCCCUGCAACUGGGUUUAUUCCGCCAUUUUAUGUCUUUGAUCUCACAUCUUCUGAUAUUGUUCUGAAAUAUCUUAAAUCCAUGGCUAAUUUGAGGCUCUUCAUUACCAUUUCUCUAUUUGUUGCUUCUUUUUUUUUUUCAGAUCAACAUUAUACUGAUUCUUUUCGCAGUUAACCAUGACGUUUUCUUUCAUUGCUAAAUUUUUCCUAUAUUGUUCUUUUAAAUUUACCUUAGCAAAAUGGAGAUUACUGGUAUUUAUAUCACCUAUUUCAGUAUUCCUUCCAAAUGAUUGACCUCAGGUUAACCCUGAUAUUGGAGACCUGUGACAUCUAGUUGGUCAUCUUGAUGUCUCUAGUCAGUCAUGAACAGAAUCUAGUCAUGAACAAGUCUGCCUCUCUGUUUGAGACUUCACAAAGUGACAUGUCUCGUCCUGUCAAAAAUCUAGUCAUUAAGAAAUGAUAGAGAUGGUUAAUUACACCUCAAAGCGAUAUCUCUAAUGAAUCAACCUUCAAAGUCCUUAUACUAUACUUGCUAGAAAUCAAUCUCUGAUCUCUCGUUGACAAAGCGACAUUAUAAAUACUGGACAGUUAAGUCAGAGCCAGAAAAUAUUUCAGAUUCGAUCAAUUUGCUAUUUACAUGACAAAAUUACGGUCUACAUUGCAGUACUAGUCAUAUAUAAGGAAUGAUGUUUCAUACACAAUGGUUUUUCGACCAAUUGUAUCAAUAGACAUCAACCACUGGUCCAGAAAGGUGCUGUUUCUUCAUACUAUUCUUCUAUUGUGGAGACGCAAUGGCCCAGUGGUUAGGGCAGCAGACUCGCGGUCAUAGGAUCGCGGUUUCGAUUCCCAGACCGGGCGUUGUGAGUGUUUAUUGAGCGAAAACACCUUAAGCUCUACGAGGCUCCGGCUGUACUCUUCCACCACAACUUUCUCUCACUCUUACUUCCUGUUUCUGUUGUGCCUGUAAUUCAAAGGGUCAGCCUUGUCACACUGUGUCACGCUGAAUCUCCCCGAGAACUACGUUAAGGGUACACGUGUCUGUGGAGAGCUCAGCCACUUGCACGUUAAUUUCACGAGCAGGCUGUUCCGUUGAUCGGAUCAACUGGAACCCUCGACGUCGUAAGCGACGGAGUGCCAACACAUUCUUCUAUAGCUACAACACCACUGACCUGUAAACUUCCUCUCUCUGUUUCUUCUUCCGCUAUUACAUCACGAAUCCAAAGAUAAACUGUUUCUCGUCUCUAAUUCUUCUACCACUGCCACGCAAUCAUCUCACAGAGAUAUUAUCUUCUGUCUACCUCCUUUUCUACUGCUACACCACUGCCUCAUAGAUGUGCUGCCUGUCUGUGUCUCUCCCGCUGCUAUUACAAUGUAAUCUGUCUCUCCGAAACAGUUAAAUUUAUUCCCAUCUACCCAGGCAUACGGUUAUAGCCCUCUCUUCUCAUACCACCUCCUUUUUCUCCUUUUCUGUCUCACUUCCCAUACACGCAUACACACACACACACACACACACACACACACACGCAUGCAUACACACACGCACGCAUGCAUGCACACAUAUGGUGGCCUAGCCAUUAGACAAGAUAAAUCCUUGCUGCUUUGCAUCUAUUUUCGUGUGGAGAUUGAAGAGAAAAGCAAUUGAACAUCCAUCAAGGAAGAUUAUAUUAUGAAAUCAAGAAUUCUCCUGAAUUAACAUGAGAUUAAGUAUAUAAAACAAACAAACAAACAAACAAUCCCUUUUUUUUCUGGAGUUAAUAAGACGGCUCUAAGUAUUUGCUUCUGGCUAGAAGCAUAAGACAUAAAAUAAAAAUUACGAAUAGCUUAUAUAAUUAUUAUAGCAUUAAUGUAUUUAAUUAUUAUAUAGUCAUAUAAUUAUACAAUUACAUCACUAACAUAUUUAUUCAUUCUUUCUACGUUCUGGGAGAUUCGAACGUGAACAUGCUGAUUGCUGUUGUAUUUCAUCAUCGGAGAUCUCUUUUUAGCUUCUGUGUGUUCAUAACACAUACGAUUCAUUGAUGAGGUGUUUCGACCUCAUUGUUUGUCUCUUCAGUCAAAACUACAUCAGAACAAUGAAUUUAAAUACGAGAUUUGGAUCUUGUUUGCAGAAAUCAGCAAACAAAUUAUCUACUGAUACUUGCGAUGUUUACUAAAGAGAUAGUAAUUCAUGAGAUGCUCGCAGAACAACGAGAAUCCAAAUGACAACGUAUCCUAUUCAUUCUUAAUACGUUCUCGCAGAUUCGAACGUAAACAUACUGAUCGUGAAUAUGUAGGUAACUGCCAAACCGAUAAUGAUUCAUUGCGUGCACCUAAUAAAUUAUAUAAUUACUGAUGUUUUCAUAUAGAUUUAUAUUUAUACACAGACAUACACCCGUGCGUAUACACUAAACAUACAACACACGCCCACACAUAUACACUCACACACACGCAUACAGCUGUAUACACACAGGACAUAAAUAAGAACAAAAAAUUAUUCAUAUUUAUUUUAAAAUUUGAUAUAAAAGAAUAUAAUCUUGCUACAGUGUUUUCAGAAAGUCUCGUCCGAAUAAAAAAAUAUGCAGCUAAUCGGUAUUAAUUAAUUUAUAACAUUAAUUUGGUUAAAUCUAAUUAAUUGAUAUCUAAAUUUGAGUGCUGCUCACAUGCAUGGGACGAUUUUAAUGCUGGCUUACAAGCCAUAGACCACAUACAAAAGAUAAUGAAUAUUAUAUUAAAUAUUGAAUUUUUUUCUGAUCAAUAAAUAUUUUGCUAAAA